AUGACGGACGGAUCUCCAAAGUCAGCAAAUUCACCAAAAGCUAAAAAGUACUUCAUGGUCAUUGGAAUAAAUACUGCGUUUGGUACGAGAAGGCGAAGAGAUUCGGUUCGUGAAACAUGGAUGCCACGAGGAGAGAAGAGAAAGAAACUGGAAAAAGAGAAGGGUAUAGUCAUGCGCUUUGUAAUUGGUCACAGCAUGAAACCUGGUGGUGCUUUGGAUCAAUCUCUCGACGAGGAAGAAAAACUUUAUGGUGACCUUUUGAGACUGAAUCAUGUUGAGGCCUACCUAGAAUUAUCGGCAAAGACAAAAGCCUAUUUUGCCACCGCCGUCUCGUUGUGGGAUGCCGAGUUCUACAUCAAAGUGGACGACGAUGUUCACGUCAACUUAGCGACCCUUGGCAUGAUCUUAUCAGGACAUCGUUUCAAGCCUCGUGUUUACGUUGGCUGCAUGAAGUCAGGCCCUGUUCUUGCUCGAAAAGGGGUGAGAUAUCACGAACCAGAGUUCUGGAAGUUUGGCGACAUGGGCAACAAUUAUUUCCGCCAUGCGACCGGUCAAUUAUACGCAAUUUCGAAGGAUUUGGCUUCUUACAUAUCCACAAAUCAUGAUGUGUUGCACAAGUAUGCGAACGAGGACGUUUCGCUCGGGUCAUGGAUCAUCGGCUUAGACGUCGAGCACGUCGACGACCGGCGGCUCUGCUGCGGUACUCCACCAGAUUGCGAAUGGAAGGCGAUAGCCGGGUCGGCCUGCGCGGCGUCGUUCGACUGGAGGUGCAGCGGGAUAUGCAGCUCCGUGGAGAGGCUGAAGAUGGUUCACGAGCUCUGUCGAGAGGACAAGGAUGCCUUGUGGAGUGCCAGCUUCUGA